GUGGACUACAGUGAGAUAAGGAAAAAGUGGUGGUGAAAAUUGAAAUUGAGUUUUAAAAAAAGUUGCUAAAUAGUGCACUUUUAAAAUGAUGGCGUUACGAAUUCUACCCAUCUUACAAGUGAUCAUUACACUGUGCAUGCAGAGUACUUUUGCCGUGCCGAUUUAUGGUACCAAGAGGUACGGUCAGUCGUACCGUAUGACUCCUUAUUACCCCAUGGUGCGCUCCACGAGGCACCCGACUAACUACCCUGAGGUAUACCCAUCCACCGGCAACUAUGAUGAAUACUACACUCCGGAUGGAUUGCCGAUUUACUACCCAAAAACUUCAAAGUAUGAGGUAUAUCAAGCUGUUAUGCCUUACUACUAUCAGGAAAGACCUUUGUCCCACUACAAUUAUUACUAUGACGAUCCAUAUGCCACCUUGCAAGAAGAAUUGCUGGCGGAAACUGAACGAGAAGAGCGAGAGGAUUCCCAACCCAUCGGCCAUGAAGUGAUGUACCAAAAGGAUUACGAGCACGAACGAGAUGAUACAGAUGAUACCCGAGUCGCCUUUCUGCAAAACUUGAUCCUCACCCAAAUGUACAAUGAUAAAGAGAGGGCAAAACAACAAAAACCACAAGGUUACGAUGGUUAUGACUACGAUUUACAGCAGUAUGAUGAACCUUACUACAGUGAUGAAGAUAAAGACGUGGACGAUUUAAAAGAGUUGGCUAGAAAUCAGAACAAAAACCAACAAAUACCCAAGCAAACCAAUGAAUAUUUACCUCAUUGGUACAACAAGAAGCCCAGCCAAAAAGUAGUGGCAAACCUCUUCAACACCGAAGCCAAACGAGGAAACGUCAACCAACAGAACCAACAAAAGGAAGUCAAGCAUAAUGAACGCAAAAUGAUAUUUAAAGUAACACCGACGGAACAACCCAUAGUGGAAGGUACGUCCAAAGGCGAAGGUCAGAAAGAAAUCGUCAUGAUGCGUCCAGCAACACCCGUAAGAAACCCGUUCAGUAACCAGGUGUUGGAGAUGAUGUCCAAAAGUGACGACAAGAAGAAGAGGUCACCUUCUGUCUACGAUACCAUCAAGAAGAUGUUGGAGAUGGAGAAAAGCUUGGAAAAUAAACAACAAUCCAACCAACAGUUACGUCCCACUAUGAAAAAACGUAUCAUCUCCAGCGAAGACAGUCUAAUAAAACAGCUCACGGUGCUUAAGAAGGCACAGUAAGUCAAUGUAUAUAAAUAUUACCAAAAAUUUUAAAUUAGUAGUCUCACACCCUUCCACUAAUCCCUAUGUAAGUGUGUUAAUUGAUUUGGCUCAUAAAAAAGAAACUCGUGUUAUUGAAAGAGUUUGUCAAAAAAAGCGCUACUUCUAUGGGAAAGGAUGAGACCUGAGAGUUUGUUACUAAGACUGAUCUUACCAAGUAUUAACUUUACUCAUUAGA